UAACACUAUCGAUAGCACAUAUCGACCACGCAUAGCCAUACAUCGAGCAGCUCGUCAACGUCAACAAAACGUCGAAAUGAAUGAGUCCGAGAUACCAAUUGACAUUGCCACACUUAAGCUUCAGGAUUGGCUUAUCAGUCGAAGAAUUGUGCCCAAGAAUGUGCAGGCGCCGUUGAAGGACAUACAUGCCAAGAUAAGCAAUGCGCUGCAGGAUAUGCCAGCCAACGAACAGCUCAUCAAGUUGCUCACUGGAUCUAACAUAAACUACUUACACGUCAAGCAGAUUAUUGAGAUACUCAAGCAAACGGAGAAGGAUACAAAGAGCGUGUUUGGCAGCUAUGGUAGUCAGCGCAUGAAGGAUUGGCAAGAGGUCUGCCGAUUGUACGAGAAGAAUGCCACAUAUUUGGCGGAGACAGCGCAAAUUUAUGUGCGCAAUGUAAACUAUGAAAUUCCUGGCGUGCGUAAGCAGAUGGCCAAGGUGGAGCAGCAGACCGAUGAUAGCUUGAAGCGUGCGCAUGAUCUCUCCAAGCCAGAGGCACAGCUGCUGGCCGAGCAUGCCGCACUGCUGGAACAGCUCGGCGUCAAGGGAGACAAUCUGCAUGCGGAGUUUAUAAAUGCAUUGGGUAGUCUGCCGCAGCUCUAUGCAAAGUCUUUGCAAAACGUUGGACGUGUGCAGGCUGGCAUUGAUAUGUAUGCUGAGAUCAGCGGGCAGCAGCAUUGUUUGCCCAUAUUACGGCAUCUGGUGGAGCACGGCAACACCACUGUAUAUCAAUAUAUACACAAGGAGGCGCCCUUGGCUAUAGAGGAGCCUGAGGUGCGACUCAAUCUGAGCGUUUGCAACAGCAGCAGCAGCAAGGAGAGCGAUGUAAAUGAAAUUGAUUUUGGCAUGGAUGACAAUGGCGGCACUUCGUCCACUGUGUCUGCCGAGAUCAUAGACUAUGGUGAUCUGCAGGAUACCGAUGGCGGCAACAUUGAUUGGGGCAUUGAGAGUGCACCCACAGACGCUGUAGAAAUCAACUUUGAUAUACCUGUCGAGGAGUAUGGCAUUGUAGUCGAGGGCACUGGCAUGGACGGUGGCACUGCCAAGGGCGAUCAAGCGUAUACGCUGCUGGAUUCGCCCAACUAUAGAGAUCGCUUUUUGGAUGAAAUCUACGAACUGGAUGCCUUUCUACGCAUGCGUCUUUAUGAGCUCAAGCAGCUCGACAACGCCAGCAAUAUUAUGUACUCGCUAAUGGACAACAUUAGCACGCAUGACACUGAGAGCAUUACCAAAAUCCUAAAAGAUGUUGAGCUUAUCAUUCAGCAGAGCUCCGAUGAGCAGACGCGUCAUCUCUUCCAACUGAAACAUUCGCCCAAAUAUGCAGAUCUGCUGGCCACCAAGUUGCAGCAACAGACCAAGGCAGUCGAGAAGUUGCGUGCCACGCGUGAGAUGCUAAAGAAUCGCGCUGUUGAGCUGCGUGAGCAGCGCCAACAAUUGAAUCCUGUGCUGGAGGAGCUCACAACGCGCACUCGUGCCUUGCAAACUUUUAUUGAACAGGACAUUUCCAAGCGCUAUAAGAAUCGCGUUGUCAAUCUGAUCGGUGGUGUCAACUAGAUCUUUUACAAUUCAAACUUUGUUUAGAUUUUAUGCGGUUGGGCGUGCAAAUAAAUUGUUGAAAACAAAUGAAUGUUAAUUAUAUUGAAAAUAAAAUGCAUUUUUUUAAAAGAA